GUCCUUCUUAUGCAUACAACUGCAGUGCUUAGCACCGUACACACGCCUUUUCCUUCUCCAGCACCACCAUGGCACCCCGAAAGAAUGCCAGAGGACCUUCGCCAACACCUUCAACGCCAGAGCGUCGUCCAAGUUCAGUUGCUUCCUCUCCAGAAAAACCACCUGGUCCAUUGAGCAUCACUAUCUCUCCGGAGGAACGCGAGAUUAUCAAGGUCAACAACUACAGCGCGGCUGAGCUCAAGAACGCAUGUGAUGAUGCCCUUAAGCGAUACUUAUCGAGACCCGUUUUGUUUAAACAAAUACAUCUUCAUACCGAUGUGCGGCUGGCUUUGGGAUGGGCAGGCGUAUUCACGGCAGUAGCUACGGGACUUUAUGGAUGGAAAAUUGACUUCGAGAAAUCGAAGCCAGGAGUCUGGGUUGGGUUCAUACUCUACCUGGUCCUCACCUCCCUUCAGACAUUAUACUCCUACUUCGUGGAGGGCGAUACCAUAUUUGUCGGUCGACGGAAAACCUUUUCAAAGAGAAUAAUAACAGAACGGAUAACGAUCUCCUCGGGCACCCUCCCAGUGCCGUCCUCUAAAUUAUCUCUCAAGCCGAGCCCCACGAAUUCACCAUCAUACUCGCUUUCCAUUAAUUACGUGCAGUCUACAUCAGGGGGGAAAUCACUACUUGCAAAGGGCCGAACACACGAAUCCAAAGAAUACUCGGCCUUCUUCGACGAAAAGGGUGUGAUGGCACAGGAGGUGUUCGAGCGAUGGAUCGGAGAGCUGGUAGAGGCAGUGAUGGAGGGAAAGGGUGCAUGAAUUGUAUGUCUAUGUAGAGGCCUUUCAUUGAUAUGCUAGAAGGACGCGUUGUUGCGAUCCCCUUGCCCAAACUUGGCUCUAAGAGACAACUGACAUAGUUAUCUUUUUAUGACGAUGCGGCAAUCAUCUCAGCAUCCAU